UGAGGUCGUUCGCGAAGCUUUUUGACAGGACUUGAAAAUUUCUCAACAACCAGCUUAGAUAAGAAUUUUCAUCGUCGAUUUCGACGCGUCCGUACGAAUUUCGGUUAGGGGUCCCGGGACCCGGUGCUUCGGCCGAUUGUGCACGUUAAUCGCGGCCGGUGAAAGUCAAAUGUCCCCUACAAAUAGAUACCGAGUGGUGGCAGAGAUACCGAAUGUCAUCAAUAAAUUCCCAAUCAGUGGCAAUGGACGUUGACACUCCAGCCAACGGACCCGGUACAUUGAAAAGAUGCUCCAGCGCUCCCAUGAUCAAUGAGACGAAUGCCAUCAUGACCACGGCGAACCCAUCCACAUCGACGGCGAGGGACCCGCAGCCCUUUAAUCUGUUCCACAAUCCCGGACAGCCGAGGACGAGGAGGUUCAGCGCCAGUUUCAGCCCAGUUCCAGGAUCACCAGUAUCGAAUUUGCGCCUGACGCCGCGGAUCAACCAGCUGAGACAGGAGGAGCAUGCCGAUCUCAACAAUUCGCGGGAGCUGGCGCACGAGAAGGAGCUGCACCACACGAUGCAGAUAUCCCAGAGCUGGGAGGACCUGAGCAUAAUGAACGAGACGCACGGCGAACAGAAGAUGGCCAAGAUGGUGCCGUUGCACGUGAACCUGCCGCCGCACGGUCUCCACUGCAAUUCGCCGUCCCCAACUCGUCUCAUAUCGCCCAACUAUCAGUCGCCGACGCGGACGAGGACGUUCAUCAGGCGCAGCGCCUCGCCCGUCCUGCGGCCGAGUCCGUUGAGCGCGAAGAGGAAGUUGGACGACGACAAGCUGCUGGACUGUCACAUGAGCCCGAGGGCGAAGCGGGUGCACAGUUAUUCGGCGUCCGAUCGCGGCGGUCUGCUCACCACCACGCCGAACUCGUUGCCGGGCUCGUUGAGUUCGGUGGGAACGCCGGAGUCCCUGUCCAGUGCCGACUCGCCGGGUUUCACGUUCCGGAAUGUCGACAGCCCGUCGCCCAGCCGCGCUUUGCCAUCGGAACCGAUGAUUGUUUCGAAGAACGAUCACGACAUGACGGAGAGUCCGAGCUAAUUGGUUUAUUGGUUGGAGCACGUCUGUUUGUUCGUUCAUUCUUCUCUAAUUUAUUUAAUUGUUUUGUAUAUAUACUCUGAUGUGGUUCUUGUGGAAUUUUCGAGACCAAACUGCUUGGGAGAUUAUUGAGGAGGUAUAAAUAAGCUUGUGGACGCCCCCCCUGUCGAAAGAACACCGCGAUUUAUUUUUCUAACGUUAUUUUCAAUUGAAGGGAUUGUUUUCGUUUUUGUCCAAAAGCUUUUAUUACUAAUCCUGGUGUACAUAUAUUUAUAAUUUUCCAAGUGCAUGCCAUACAAGUUUUAAAUCGUGAUCUUCCAAUUUUUUGUACAAGCUUAUUGUCAGUAACAAGAUAGUGCAAGAUUAUGAUGAAGACUAAUUUAUUUUGCAAUAUCUGCACUACUAGUUUUGGUGCAUGCCAAACCUUUAACAUUGUGUAAUAACUUUUAGCAAUUCUAACGGAAUUUCUUUACACGACAUAAGAAAUAUCUAGUCUAUAAUUGUAAUGUUAACAUUAAUUUAAACAUAAAAGACUCUUGAGGUGCUAAAAGGACUGGCUCUCUCACCAGUCAUUAUUUUUCUUCCCUUAUAUUUCACUAGUACCUAAGUACUAUUUGUAAAUUUAAUGCCAAAAUUAGCCAGAGCAACCACACAUUUUUAUGACACUGAACUUAAACUGUGGUUGCUGUAAUUUCAUCCCACUGUUCACCUGGUUUGCAAAUUUUGAUCGGAUUAAAUUUGAGCAUUCACUGAAUGAGUUGAACGAAUGCGCCACCAAAAGGGGAUCAAUUUUGAAAUCAGGAUGUUCAGUUUUAUAAAACACGGUCAUUUUAAUAACCAAUUUUUGAUAUAUACAAUCACUCAUUUCAUCAGUAUUUUAUUAAACUAUAAUUUAUGUACCAAUAUAAAUGUUUCUAAAAUAAAAUGAAUGUUUACGUUACAUAUUGCUUUUUUAAAAUGACUUUGUUUAUGCAGGGUUGGGUUUUAAAACAAUGAAUUCGACCGAUUUAAUUUGAAAUUAUUGCAAAGAAGGGUUUCUUUAACAGUUCAAUGUAAAAUGCCAACCCUGCCUGAUUCAUAUUUAUAUCAUUCCAUGCAUCUUAAAAUACAGUCCAUGAAUUGUCCUUUUUUCAGGAAUAUUAAGUCUUGUUGCAGUUUUUUAAACGUAUUUUCUUGUUAUAAAUGUAACCAACAUUUGUAUACUGAAUGGAUACAAAAUCUAUUAAUAAUGUUUUAUUAAGUUUGAAUUUUUCGUGUGAAUAAUAAUCAUAGAUUGUUAAACGAAUGUCUUGCAGUUGUUUUAGUACGAAAUUCGACAAAUAAAAUGAGAUGAAUACUCGUUAUUAAGUUUUAUAGAGGGGACUUUUGUUUGACCAAUCUAUUAUGUUGUAUAUUAUUAGCGGUAGUGCCUCAUAAUCAACUUUUAUACAUAGAUUUAUCAUACAUAGACUGAUUUAAUUAAUUGAAUAAUUCAGUAUCAAUAUCUGAAAGAUUUGUUUUUAGGACACGCACUGAGGUAACGAUUUUCAAAUACGGAGUAAAUGUGUUGCGUUUUUCAAAUUUUGAAACUGAAUUCAAGAAUCUAUUCAUUUUGUAGUCAGUACAAGCUGGAGUUAAAUAUUUUCAGUGUAAAUAGUUUAUCAUAUUGUUGGCCAAUGUAAUAAAAUAUUCUUUAAGCAAGAUAUUAUUUAACAAAUAUAUCGACAAUUAAGAA